GAGUGAUGUCAUCUUUGCUUUUGUCCCAGUCGUGUCUCGAGCUGGUACUGACAUUCAGUCUGUAAUGGAAAUCAUUCCUAGUAAGUAUAAACCCCUCGAUUUUACAGGAAUGAUGAAUAACUGAGUAUUAAACUGGGAAUGUUAGAGAUAAAAUCAUCUGCAAUAAACAUCAGCACCACUGUUAUUUACAUUAAGUUCUCUCUCUUACCCUGAUUAGCACCAUUAGACAUGUUGCUGUGUUUUAGCAUCACUCUUGGUGGUGGCGGCAGCACGCAGCAGCCACUCCUGAUUCAAUAUGGUGCUAUUUACGUUUUUUACGGUUUUAUUUAUGUUUUUUAGCCCGACUACUACCAGUACAUGGACACCGGAGACAGCGGUGUUCAUGUAUACAACCGUCAGAGGCUAAUAAAAUACAGAAACCGUGCAACGGUGAUGUGCAGAGAGGGUUGUGGCUUGCUGCGGAGAGACCAGGCCUCCAGUCCUCGGUGUCGCCUGAUACUGGAGACCAGGAGAGGGGACGCCGAAAGCGGUGCGCGCAGUAAGCGGGCGGGUGUCCGUGCUAUAGGCUAAAAACAAACCCUAGGCUAAAAACUAAGCCUAGCCGAGCGGCUCUCCCGUCCAUUCUACUCUCCAGUGUUUGCUCCCUGGACAGUAAACUGGACUACAUCCGACUCGAACGCGCUACACGGCGAGAGUUUAGAAACUGCUGCGUGUUUGUUUUCACGGAGACGUGGCUCAGAGUUCCGGACGCCGCCAUUCAGCUGAACGGGAUCACUUCAUUUAGAGCCGACAGAAAUGCAGCUCUGUGAGAGGAUAAGUCUGUCGUGAUGCUCCACCACACCUUUAAUCCGGACAUUGUUGUUCCAGACCUCAGACCCUAUGUGGACAGGACGGAUGUGUUCUUGUUGAUUGUCUCUUUCAUGAAGAUCAAGGGCUGUUGAGAUGCCUGCGCAACGACAACGCAAUCAAAGCUGUGAAGGAUCAUCUGAGUGGAAUGAGCGAAAAACAGCCUUUAUUUGAGAGUUAUCAAGUCCUUGCUGCAGUUAUUGGUGCAGUUUCUGGAGCAGUUUCUGGAGCAGUUAUCAGUGGGCUUGCUGUUACACUUUGUGAUAAGUGUAAUAAUGAGCAUUGUAAUGCAGGUACUGGUGCUGGUACUGGUGCUGGUAUUGGUGCUUGUACUGGUGCAGUUAUUCGUGUGGUCAUUCUUAAUACAAAGUAAAAAUAUCAAAGACCAUUCUCCUCGCUGCACUCUUCCUUAAAUUCUGUUAAAUACUGAUUUAAUUCAUGAUUGAAAAGUUGAGCAUGACUGAUGUUUCAUCCUUGAGCUUCUUCUAGAUUUUUAUCAAUAAUAUAAUGUAAUGAUUUACAGUAUUAGUGCUUAGUGAAUGUCUUCAUGUCGUCCUGCUGAAGACUGCAUGUGCUUUCCACUGUGAACAGAAAUAUCUGUAUUUAGAUUAGAGUAGUGUGUGUGUGUGUGUGUGUGUGUGUGUGUGUGUGUGUGUGUCCUGUUUAUGUCACUCAGCAUAGACAUGAGAUCAGAUUUGACAUGAAGUUGAAAAUAGGGACACAGUGUAAUAGAGAGAGAGAGAGAGAGAGAGAGAGAGAGAGAGAGAGAGAGAGAGAGAGAGAGAGAGAAUCACGUUAUUGUUUAAUGCUGACAUGAUGUUUAAAUGAACAUAUUUCAAUUGUCAUUUUAUCAUUUUCUGAAAUCACAUCAUUUCAUUUCAUUUUCAACUGAAUAUUGUAAUACAAAACUAAAAUUAUUUCUAUCUUCAUAUGAUUACAGAGUUUUAGUAAUGAUAUAUAAUUUUUUCAUGAUGAGCAGAAAUACUAAAUACUUCUUAUUACUUAAAACAUUCUUAGGAAUUGUAACAAUACCUCAACAUUUCCAUUUAAAUGUGCAGAUUUGAUUGAUUUAUGGAUCUUAGCGUAGUGUUUACAGGUUAGCCGUUUUCUCCCAGUUUAAUCAGGAAGCUCAUUUCUGACCAUUUCACAUAAGAUCCCAGUUGAGGAGAGUUUACAAAGCUGAUCAAUCGAACUGCUCAGAUUCACCGCAUGCAUCCAGCAGUUUACUGUUCAUCAGGAUCUAAUAGAAUUUCUUAAUGCAUCUAAAUAUAUGAAGAAUUCUGUGUAAAGUGUAUUGUGUGUGUGUGUGUGUGUGUGAUGUAUAUUUGUGAAAACUUGUGCUGAAUGAGCCGGUCGAUUUGACACCUCAUUCAUGGGUCUAGGACAAAAGCUGCGGGACAAGUUACGCGACGAAUUUUUGUCCGGCACAUAAACAAGAUAACAAUUAAUUAACCAUUAAUUAACAUUUAUAAAUGUCAUUUUAUUAUUAUUAGGAAACUGCUGAAGGAUAGAAAUAAUUAUCUCUGGGGUGAUUUUUAUCUUUGCUUCAUGUUGGCCUGCAUCACAGAAGGCCCAAGAAAGGCUAGAAAACAGCCUGCAAGAAUCUGGAACUAAUUAAUUAUGUUUACACAAGAUAAUAAGGCGGGGGGCACGGUGGCUUAGUGGUUAGCACGUUCGCCUCACUCCUCCAGGGUUGGGGGUUCGAUUCCCGCCUCCGCCUUGUGUGUGUGGAGUUUGCAUGUUCUCCCCGUGCCUCGGGGGUUUCCUCUGGGUACUCCGGUUUCCUCCCCCGGUCCAAAGACAUGCAUGGUAGGUCGAUUGGCAUCUCUGGAAAAUUGUCCGUAGUGUGUGAGUGUGUGAGUGUGCCCUGCGAUGGGUUGGCACUCCGUCCAGGGUGUAUCCUGCAUUGAUGCCCGAUGACGCCUGAGAUAGGCACAGGCUCCCCGUGACCCGAGGUAGUUCGGAUAAGCGGGAGAAGAUGAAUGAAUGAAUGAAUGAAGAUAAUAAGGCCGUAUGAGACAUGGGUUGCAUUGUGCUGUUUAUAUAUACACUCACCAGGUGACUAUCACCAGAUACAGGUCAAGAGCUUCAGUUACUAUUCACAUCAAACAAAAUAGACAAAAUAAAAUGCUCUAAAUGUCUAAACAAUAGUGUGUGCUUUAGGGCUUUUCUCUUUCUUUUUCUUUUACAUUCUUUUUGAAUGAACAGGUUUACCAACAGUGUGUUUGUUUACAUUGUUGUGACAAAUUGCUGAUCCAGCAGUGAUUGAUAAAAAAUUAUAUAUAUAUAAACUUGGUAUGAAUAUUUUUGAAAGACAUUUUUAAUAAAGAAAUUUUUUAUAAUAUGUAUAAAAGUGUUUAUUUGGCCUUCGUAUUCACCAUGUAUUAUAUUACACAGGAAGAGGUGGCAGCUCUGGAACAUUCUGUAAGUGACUAUAUUUAUAGGCAGUGAAACGCAGUCAGCAGUCUAAUAGUGAAAGUAAAAGUAACAGUGAACCUUCUCUCAUUCCUCCUAUCUGUGGCUUGCACAUCACUUGUUCUCCAACGGUCUCUUUGUACGAGUAACUGGACUGAUAUUUUACCUUCAAAAUGGUUCAGGGAAAUAACAGAUAUUUUGUCAUGACCACUGGGAACACCAGAGAUUCCCACAAGAACUUUCUAGAUCAUCUCACAAUAUCAUCAAAGUUUUAUGAAGUCCGAGCCGUAAAUGAGAGUGAUGUCAUCUUUGCUUUUGUCCCAGUCGUGUCUCGAGCUGGUACUGACAUUCAGUCUGCAAUGGAAAUCAUUCCUAAGGAUAAGCCUGUCGUUCUCGUGAUGCUCCACCACACCUUUGAUCCGGAUAUUGUUCUUCCAGACAUCAGACCCUAUGUGGACAGGACGGAUGUGUUCGUUGUUGAUUGUCUCUUUCAUGAAGAUCGAGGGCUGUUGAGAUGCCUGCGCAACGAUGACGCAAUCAAAGCUGUAAAGGAUCAUCUGAGCAGAAUGAAGGUGGAGUACACCUCUUACAAAAGGAAAGUCCUUGCUGUAGUUAUUGGUGCAGUUAUUGGUGCAGUUUCUGGAGCAGUUAUCCAUAGCGCACUUGGUGUUACACCUUGUGAUACGUGUAAUAAUGAGUAUGCAGGUGCAGGUGCAGGUACUGUUACUGGUAUUGGUGCUGGUAUUGGUGCAGUUAUUGGUUUGGUCUUUCUUAUUAAUGCCAUUGCUGCAUUCUUUGCUGCAGUUUUUGGUGUAGCUGUUUGUGUAUUUUUUUACUUUAGGUCCUUUAAUUUUUUUUGGAUUCAUGUUCUUGUACGUGAUAUUGUUCCUGCUAUUGGUUAGUGUCUUGGGGCUGGGAUUCGUGAUUGUUGUGGUGUUUCUUAUAAAGCAGUUAUCAGUUUGGUUGAGAGAGAGAAAGAGAAAGAGAGAGAGAGAGAGAGAGACAGAGAGAGAGACAGAGAGAGACAGAGAGAGAGACAGAGAUAGAGACAGAAAGAGACAGAGAGAGAGAGUCACGUUAUUGUUUAAUGCUGACAUGAUGUUUAAAUGAACAUAUUUCAAUUGUCAUUUUAUCAUUUUCUGAAAUCACUAAUAAUUUUAUUUCAUUGUCAACUGAAUAUUGUAAUACAAAACUAAAAUUAUUUCUAUCUUCAUAUGAUUACAGAGUUUUAGUGAUGAUAUAAUUUUUUCAUGAUGAGCAGAAAUACUAAAUACUUCUUAUUACUUAAAACAUUCUUAGGAAUUGUAACAAUACCUCAACAUUUCCAUUUUAAUGUGCAGAUUUGAUUGAUUUAUGGAUCUUAGCGUAGUGUUUACAGGUUAGCCGUUUUCUCCCAGUUUAAUCAGGAAGCUCAUUUCUGACCAUUUCACAUAAGAUCCCAGUUGAGGAGAGUUUACAAAGCUGAUCAAUCGAACUGCUCAGAUUCACCGCAUGCAUCCAGCAGUUUACUGUUCAUCAGGAUCUAAUAGAAUUUCUUAAUGCAUCUAAAUAUAUAAAGAAUUCUGUGUAAA